AUAAUUCAUUGCGAAUUUCGUCGAAGUUAGAAGGCUUGUGAAUCAACUGCUCUGGAAAUAUCUCUGGGAACUGACACUGUGAAAGAUAUCUUCGUUGAUCUUUUGCAUCGAGGCGAUUUAGCGCCUAAUAAUUUAUUUUAACCAUAAAAGGAACUCUAAAGAUUAUCAGUUUUUGUCCAGACGCGCAGGGAGACCGGCACGUUCUGGUGUUCCAAAAGCUAUAUACAUGAUAUUCACACAGAGCCUUAGCGCUUUUCCACAAUGUCUCAGUCUUCUUCAAAUAAAGGAAAAGAUGCAAGUGGCAAGAAAUUUGCUUCCCUCAACCUAAAUCAAACAUUCAAGGGUACGAAAGUAGAGAAUCGAUCUGCAGCAGGACAAACCCGCCAUGGACUCCAAAGUCUGGGAAAAGUCAGUCAGAGCAGACGAGUUCCUAUGCCUGCAAACUUGCCUUCUUUGAAGAAAGAAAAUCUUGGUAACGACCCUACAGUAAGCUUAGUGCCAUCUGGUAGUUCAGGAUGGGGAAAGAAAGAAAAGAGUUCUGGAAAGACAGAAGAGCAGACACAAACGCCACAGCAGAAGCCACAGAAAACAGAUCAAACCUUGGAGAUUUCACUUCGUCCAAAUGCAGGUGCGGGUUUGAAGAGCCAAUCAGAACAGGGAAAAGGAUGGGGAAAUCUUCAAGGUGGAAGUGGUACUGGGUCAACACAAUCAUCCAAUACAUUCCAAAGAGAAUUUCCAAAGUUGGGUGUGGAUGGAGGAGGUCAGAGUACCGAAGGGUUAGUGAAAGAGCGAGAUUCAGACGAGAAAGAGCCUGUAAGCAGCAGUACUUCAAAUGCCCCACCAAGAUUUGGAGGAGAAAAGUGGAUGCCAGGUCAAAUUCCAAUGCAAGGACCUGGACAAAGACCUGGUGGACCCCCAAUGAACAUGCCACUUGAUCAGCAAAGACCAAUGUUCAAUGGUGCACAAAUGCAGCCACCUGGCGGAUCUCAAUUCUAUCCAUAUAGUCCCAUGCCUCCAUACAUGAUGCUGCCACAUCCAUUUCCAUAUCCAUUUCCACCAAACAGGAUGCCUCCCCCUGGUGUAAUGGGGCAGCCCCAUUCUAGACCGGCACCUUCAGGAAAUUCAAGUGAUGCAGCUGAAAGGCCAGCAACAGUAAAAAAUGAAGACUUGCAAGGAAUGGAUGACAAUUCAGAUGACGAAGGUUGGGCAGGUGCACAGGAAGAUGUAGAUUAUAAUGCCAAGAUCAAUUUUGAUGAAUCAGAUGAAGAGUCAGACAAUGGGCGGUACGCUGGACCUACAAGCAACAACAAGAAAGAUGAACGGUCAGUUGCAAAUAGCUCGAAAAAUGAUGCACUUGCAGCUUCAAAGCCAGCGACCAAGGAUUCAAGUGAUGGCAAACCAGCUGAUGUUCCAAUUGAAGCCUGGGGAGAACUACCCCCAGGGUAUCAAGGGCAAAUGCAGUUCAGACAUCCCCAUAUGUGGCCCAUGCAUCGGGGACCUCUUCCACAGGGGUACCCAUAUCCACAAUGGUUUCAUCACGGAUUCAGGAUGCCACAGAUGCCACAACAAAGACCGGAAGGUGCACAAAUUGGACAGCCUGUCACAAGCGGCCAGCCAGGAAGUGGCCCGCUAGUGAGUGGCCCGCUAGUAAGUGGCCCUGCUGGACCAGGGCAGAGUCCCGCUUCACCUGUUCCAGCCACACAACCAGAUGGCACAGAAGUCGAAAAACCAAAGCCCCCAAGCAUUGAGAGAAGGAAAAGACAAGAGGAAGAUGAAAGGAAAGAUGCGGAACGAAGGGAAGCUGCAAAAGCAAAGCUACAAGCACUUGAAGAGAGAAUGCGGCAAAGGGAUUUUGAGAACGAAAAAGUCAGACGUGACAGUGAAAGUAGCAAUAAGUCAGGUGCACGUGACAGGCUUGAUAGCGAAAACAGUGACUCAUCAAGGGGUGGAUCACAGCGAUCAAAAGGGGCCAAGGAUAAGCCACCAAGAUUUCUAAAACAGCAGUCCCAAUCAAAACCAAGUCGCAGGGAUGAGACUGCUUCAUCUCCAGCAUCAUCCCCAUUCGAAGGUGUUACCCCAUUUGCAGACACUGUAGUAGCUGUACCUCGAAUAAUGAAACGACGUGAUAGUCUGCGAUCAGAUGAUGCUAGCAGUGUUCAUUCGCAUGACAGUUGGGCAAAUGUGUCUGUUGGGGAACAUGAGAAGGCCAGGGAUGCUGAAGAAUCAGUUUUUAUACAAGAGACCAAACGAAUGGAAAAGGUUCCAGAAAAAGAGACAAUCUUGAAAAGGGAUGGAAAUUUUGAGAAAGUAGAGAAGAGAGGUGCUUUUGUUGAUGGAGAGAGUAAGCUUCAAGAAACGAGUAAAGUAGAAUAUGCAGAAAAAUCUCAAGAAAGCAGUCAAGGAAUAAAUAGGUCAUCAAGGCAGUCUUCCAAUCAAAGCUUAUCAUCUAAAACCCAACGAUUCGAUGAAGAUAGCAAAGCUAGAGAAAAUAGAAGGUCAUCUAAAGGCUCUGAUGGGCGUAGAGAAAGCAAUAGGGAGUAUAAGGGUCGUGAUUACAGAGAUGAAAGGCAGGGAAGGAGAGAUGAUAUUGAUUGGAAAGAUCGAUCAAAGGAAAGCAGACAGAGCAGAGAAAAGGAAAGAGAUGGACAAAGGGAUACCGAAAGAGGUACAACCAGGAGAGAAAGGGACGUAGGGUUUAGUACUGGACGAAAGGAAGAGACAUCUUGGGAACGAGAUGGCGAUAAAGGAAAGAAUAAGAAGGAAAGAGAUUCUAAUGCCAUAAGCAGCCAGAAGGGCGAUGUUGGGAAAGGAAAGGAUUUUGUGUCAUCGCAUGCUAAGGAGGCAAGCAAAGAUAGUUCUAGUAAGGGAGCAUCUGAGAGAAGCCAAAAGAACACAAUUGAAAAUUAUAAAUCAGGAGUAAAAGAUGAAAGAAAGCAAUAUGAUAAAGGUAAAGAUUUUGUUAGUAAACAACGGCCACCAUCUGAUAAUUUCAAAAGGCUUGAAAAAUCAAAAGGUAAAGGCGUGUCAAUGAAAUCUUCAGUUACAAAAUCAGAUGACUCGCAGAAGCAAACAGGAAAAGAGGAGAAUAGAAUGCAGUCAGAGGGGAAAAAGCCAUCUGUAUGGUCGCAAGUUGUAAGUGGGGAAACCAACACAGAGAAUGCAUCUGGUGUCAGGGAAAAAGUAGAAAUGCAGCCAAAGAAAUCACUUCUUGAAAUACAAAAAGAGGAAGAAAUUAAAGAAAGUGAAAAGGAGAACCUCCAAUCAGCCAGAAAUGAAGAUGCUAGGUUAGAAAGGGUAACAAGAGAUCAAGAUAAAAAUGAAGAACAGGACUUCCAACAACCUUCAAGACCACCAAGAGAUAGAAGGUACGAUGGAAGGCGAGGAAACGAUCGCUAUGAAGACAAUUUUAAGGACUAUCAAGGUAGAAGACGAUAUGAAAAAGAUAAUCGCAGACCAGAUGAUCGCAGAACAGAUGAUCGCAGACCAGAUGAUCGCAGACCAGAUGAUCGCAGACCAGAUGAUCGCAGACCAGAUGAUCGCAGACCAGAUGAUCGCAGACCAGAUGAUCGCAGACCAGAUGAUCGCAGACCAGAUGAUCGCAGGCCAGAUGAUAGAUAUGGCCGUGAGACAAAACAGGAUCAAGCUGCUUCAGGUUAUGAUAAUAGAAAGCGAGGGAAUGAUGAUCGCAAACGAAGACAUGAUGAGACUGAGGCUCUUUUCCCGUACGAAAAGAUUUAUUCCGAGGAAGUGGAGGCACAAGGCAGGUUAAGAGAGCAGAAAACAGAGCGGCAUGUGGACAGACAGUAUGAGCGUGCCAGAUAUCCUGAACGCACGAGGGGUAUCAGGGGAGGUAGACAGGUACAUUCACGGGGAAGGGGACGUGGUGGACAUACAAGAAUCACAGGUACAUCAAAGGAAGGUUACAAUUUUCCUGAUACAAGACAUUUCAGCUCAAAAGGCUUUGCUGAUAAAACACCAGGGUCGUCAGAUGCAAAAGAAACGCCAAGAAAUGAAUUGGAAGAAAACCAGUCUGAUGAUGUAGAAGCCAAAGAUGACAAGGAACAUAAAAGCAAUGAAGAUGGCGAAACUGAUGUGAGGAAGGGAAAAGAGCAAAAGGAUUUUGAACAGAGAACUCGUGAAAAUAAAGAAGCCUGGGAUUACCAGGAUAGAUACGCUACAAACAGGCGUGAUAGCAGGCGUGGGCGUUUGUACAGUUCGUCAGGGGGUUCAAAGUAUGGCCCUAGGGGUAACUCGAAGUAUGAAUCAAGACACGAAGGGAAGAAAUUCCAAAAGGUUGUCAAAGAAAAAAAUGUUGUAAGCGGAGAAGGUGAGAAGGAAAAGUCCAAGUCUGAGAAAGAUGGUCAUAAAGACGGUGAUAGUGAAUAUGAGGAUAUUGAAGAGGACGAUUUUGGUGAUGAGGAUGAGGGAUAUAGUGAUGAAGUAGAAAUUGAAGGUGAUGCUGAUGAUGCCCAAAGAAGAGAAAAGAAAGAAACUGCUGAAGGGAAGAGAGGGUACCGAGAGGGUAAAACAGUUGAAAGGGGCAUGAAAAGGGGACAGGCAUCAAGAGUACAGAAGCCUAGGUUCAAUCGUGAACCUCAAGGUUUGCCACCAAGAUUUCAAAAGCAAAAGAGUGACGCAAAUGAGCAAAGGAGGAAAGCACGAGGCCAAAGCGUCAGAGGUGCUAGAGCUCGUGGCAGGGCAUCUUUUCCAUAUCGAUCAGGUAGAGGAAGGGGCUAUGGCAAAGUGAUGGUAUCUAGAGACACAAAAUCAAAGUCACCUCAUGAAGAAAACAGAGAUGAAGAUUAUGGUGGAGACAGUGAUGACACAUUUCAUUCAGCCGAUGAUAUCUUCCAUGGUUCAGGGAAUGAGGACUCAGGCAAAACAGAGCCUAAGCUAGUUAAGGACAGUGAUAAUUCAAGGCGAUACAGCAGUCGAGGAAAAAUGCCAUCUAGAGGAUCUAGCACUCGAGGACGGGGUGCACGCCGUGGAGGAAAUUCUGAUCAUUUUUUAGGCGAUAGGCAGCAGGAGAGAGUUGGUCAUAUCAACGCCUCAGGAUUGGCAUUUACUCUUCCUGCUGCCGGUAAAGCUUCAUUUCCUGGAAACAGGUCAGCUGAGGAUAAAUUCGUUUCAAGGUCUUCUUCCUCUACGAAAAAGGACCCAAUGAUGAAGAGACAAACUGCUGAUCAAAAAAAUGGAUCGCAUCCCGCUUCACACAAGGAAACGCAGCAGGAGUUUGCAGAACCCCCAAAGAAAAUGGCCAAGUCCAAGUCAAUAGAAAAACCUGAUAUUUUGAGACAAUUUGAUGUGAAUAAUAUUGCUAGUGUUGUCUGCAUUGAUGAUAUUCCGCAAAAUACUGAAAAUGGGGAAAAUUUGGCACAAGCAGGGGAGAAUGAUGGCUUUGUGGAAGUGCUGGGCAGGAAGGGUUUGCGAGAAAGGCAAAAAGAAGAAAAGAAGAAGCUACAGGAAGAGAUGAGUGCAAAAGCCGCAAAGAAGAAUGCUGUUGAGUCUAGGGAGACAGGAAGUAAGCCAGGAAGAGCGGUCAAAGUUGUCGAACAACCAUCGCAACGAGUUGCACAAAACUUUUCUCAAGUUACAAGUCAAUCACCAAUUACAUCAGUGUCACAGAGUCAAGCAAGCAAUGCUGCGAUGGCAGCUGUUGGGGGUUGGGAACCAGCACAGGCGCUUCUAAGGGGUGUUCAGAUGGUUACGCCAACAGAAGUCCUAGAUGGCAGUAAAGCACCCCAAGGAUCAAGCCAACCGACUAUGAAUGCUUGGAAAAGGCCGCUAAGUUUUGCUCCCUCGUUGGCUAAUUCUACAGUGACCUCAAGUAAUGGAGACAAGGUACCAGCUCCUGAUCCUAAAGCUGUUGGCACAGGAAAGCCAAAUUCAUCACCCGCCAAACAGCUCCCGCUGGCUGGGCAAGUGUCGAAGCCGAAUGAAAACGUAAUGGUAAAUGGAGGCCAGGUUAUCUAUAACGACUCUGUGAAUGGCACAGAGCACGGAAAACCGACAGAUGGCCCGCCUGAAGAGUCCAGCUUGAAUGGAGCUGAUAAAUCAAGUCGCCAUGGUGAUACUGAAGCCAAGGAUGCCAAUCGCAAACAGUCUGCAAGUCGCAAGGCAGACCAGAGAAAGAUCAACAAGGGGACAAAGAGGGAAACAGCGCCCAGAUUCCAGGGUAUUGCCAAGGCAAAGGCAACCCCCAUUUUAAGCAGUGAAAACGAAUUAGAGAAGAAGAAGAUAUCUGCCACAGCUGAGGAUGUGUCUGACUUAGUUUUUAGUAAGCUCAAAGGCGAAGACAGAGCUCCCGGUAAGAGACCAGAUGGAACAAAACUGCGGAGAUGCAAUAGCGAAUCUAGUAAGGAGCAUCCAGAUAACCCACUGGGCGAUUUCGAAGGAACAGAAGCACCAACGUUGUCUUUCAUGCGUGCAGAUAUUAGAACAGAAAAGAUGAACGGAAAUGAAAUUAAAAAGGGAGACAAGCACGCUGAAGCAAUAUUGAACUCAUUGGAUAACGCCCUUGGCAAGGUGGACGUAGAACCUCAUUCCAACGAGGAAGAGAAUGCAAAAGACACCGCCAGGUCAGUAAUAGAAUCACUUGGCGAUGAUGAUGAGAAGAACCUAGAGACAAGGUCUUUACCUAGCAGCACACCUCCUCUUGUCGUUGAAAUUCAUCCCCCUGGACCAAAAGGACCCUCGAGUGAUCCAGGUAAAGGACCUGUGAUGACGGCUCCAAAUUCGAUGUCACAAGAGGUCAAUAAGAUGAGCAUGAAAGUUCUGUCUGCCAAAGUUUUAUGGGACAUGCCACCUUCUGUUUCUGAAGUCAUGUCCGAGGCAAGCGGCAGUCUUACGACUUGGAGUGGGAAAGAGCAAACAGUCGUCACAUCUACAGUUGUCACAACAUCAGCAGUUGUUGAAAGCGAGAAGGUUGAAAAUAGUGCUAUCAAAGAACAUGGUGUGCCAACACCAGUCGCAGUUGUUACGGCGCAGGUAAACAGUAAAAGCGAAGAUAAUCUGCCGAAUGAGGUACCUAGUGACACUGCUUUGAUUUCUAAAAAGACAACCAUAGAACAGCAAAAUAACGUAUGCAAAGUGAAGCCCCAACAAAAGCAACAUCAACAGGGAGCUGAUGGAAAGCAAGUAAUGGCGCCAUUUACCCAUAAUCAACUAUUCAAUCCGCAGUUUGCCUUGCAGCAGCCAUAUGCUGUUUCAGUUCAAACGUCAGCUUCACACAGCAAGUUGCAGCAUCAGCCGUAUAUGCUUUCAUUAGAAAGAGCUGAUGGUGCAGGCGUCUAUCCGAGAGAAAGAGCUGUUGGCGAAGUUCCUAACCAUCAUGCACAGCCUCAUGGCCCAGUUGGCUUACAGCAGGUCAGGCCAGCAUCACCACUGUCUCACCAGCAACAGGAUGUACUUCAACCCAGUGUCAUGCUUGGUAACAUUUACAGUACACCGGCGCUCCAAGGCAACCAGCAGAACACUUUGUUAUGGCCAAUAUCAAGGCAUGGGAUGCAGCCCGCAACAACAUUGUCAUAUAUGUCACAAACCCCUGAGCCACAGCAAGACCUUCUUAGUUCUCCUGCCACUUUCUCCAGUACGCCAUUGUACAUGACAUAUGAUCAAAGCAAUAGUUCUGUGUUCUCUGCUCAGAGAUUGAAUUCACAGCUACACCAGAAUCCCCCAGUGGGCCUGGUCUUGCAACAGCCACAGUUGAGAACAGCUUCGCUCUUAAACGUUAUGCAAGCGAAUCAAAACUCUAAAGGAAGCUCAGUUUUCAGCAUGAGCUCAUCUCCAAAUCCAUUUCAGCAAGCCAGUGAGCUGCAGUUGGCCGGAAUGUCCCAGUCAGACCUGACCAAGCAUGUGCAUGCAAAACCGUUCCAGCCAAGCUCAAGGACACCUCCAGGUGGACAGUCUUCGCAGAUGGGAAACGAACAUCAAGCUCAUUUCUUGAGUCACCAGCAUGCUAAAUUCUCAAGUGUUAAUAAACUGAUAGGACAACCGCUACCUCUACAUCAACACAAUCAGCACCCAGGUGCUGAACAGCACAGCUCAUCUUUAUCACUGUCAGAAAAACGACCUUUACUACAACAUGGAAGUCAGCAGCUGCAGCAGCAAUCCCACAUUCUUUCUUCGCAUCAGCAGGCAGCGUCACAGCACACGGCUGGACCUCACCAGAUACGACCUUUAGCAUUACAGCAGUCAUCACUACAACCUUCAUCGCCAUACAUACAUCAGCAUUCUUUCGCAAAUGGACGGAUUGCAUCGGUAGGUCCUAGGUCAGUUCAAGGUAAAACAGCAAGUUCAGCAGCAUCUGUGCAAGCACAAAACAGGUUAGGCUCGAUGUCACCCAUUGAACAAAAUAUGCACUUCAUCCACACAGCCAUGUCGUCAGUUAAAGGCAUUGCCCAUCCUCAACAUACCUCUCUAAUUUCAAAUGCCCCUGGUAACAACUUAGUGCAAGUGCUGCCACAGUCACAAAGUCUGCAAGGGAGCCAACCCCAGAACCUGCCCUUCACAGCACGCCCAUCUACGCAAAUGCAAAAGUACCAACGCGCGGUACCAGGACCAAUCCAGCGACCUGUCAGACCCACCAGCCAAGUUGCUGCAGUAUCUGCGUCAAGCAGGCCAAAACAGCCAGUAACACCCAUGGUAAAAACAAGCGACUUGAAUCCGACAGCGAAAGCUAGUGCGCUACCAAGCCAGGGGAAUACAUUUAGAAAUGAAGAGUACCAGAAGAUGAUAGAAGCUACAAAGAAAUAUUUUGCUGCCCAACAGGCCAAGAACGAGGCUUCAGCACAUGCGCCAACAACUAGCCACCAAGAGACUGUCUCCUCCACAUUUACAGCUACUUCGAACACACAGGUUAUCUCUGCAAGGACAGCAGACAACAGAGAACCGAAAGCAAUAGAAGGAAAGUUGGGGAAACCAGCAGAAGUGAAGAUUGUGAAGCCACUAGAAAAUCGACCCUCCUUAAAGCCAAUCACAAAACCUUCUGAUAGCAAGCCAUCGAGCAAGAAAUUGGAAACUAAAUCCUCGCUCAAGUCCUCGGAAGUGAAGGAGUCAUUCAAGGCAGUGGAUACGAAAGAUGGGGAAAAAUCUGUGGAUGGUAAAAAAGAACUUCCAGAUGUUGCAGCAUCAGCCAUGCUUAAUGAUCCUAGCGAUAUAAUCUCAAUUAUCAAGGGCAGGCCGUCAUUGGCAAAGGCUUUCAAGUUAUCAGAAGCCCAAGACAAGGUGUCAGAAAGACCGCAGUCGAAGAAAUCUUCUAUUAAAGAUGACAGGCCUAAGAAGAGUGAGACUCAUCCAGGUCGGGUAGCAUCCUCAAGAGGAGGCCAGAAAACGACAUCAACAAAAGAUCCGAAGUCUAGUAGUAUCAGACCGGGUAGCCAGAAACGAGGUGAACGCAGCGAAAGAGGACGCAUGCAGGAUAAACCAAGGACCUCUAGUGGUAGAGGAAAAAGCGUUGCAUAAAAACAGUUCAUUAUAGAAUUUCCUUGUUGAUUAAUUUUCGUGCUCAUUUGAUUUUAAGUUGCAAGCGCGUUGACAAGGAACUUUGAAAUUAUACUAGUAAUGACUGCAUUUGAUAUUGAAAAAAUAUCUGAUUUCAGAAGAGGUUUAACUCGCCCAGACGAACCGUUUCUAGAGGAUAUUGACGCCACAUCUGGCGCAUCUGAUGGGAUUGCUAUUACCCCCAGGAAAAUAUAAUAUAUUGAUGUCCUCAUCUUAUAAUUGUAAUUUAUUCAUGUAAACUUCACGUAGGUAAGCAGUGUUGGUCGAAUAGAUUAUAACGUUGUUUGGGCGUUAUUAACACUUGUGUGUGCGAAUGUGUUAUAAUUUCGUAAUAAAGCUGCUUGUCAUAUUUGGCAGCAUUUGAAUAUGUUAGUAUAAUGCUUUUUAUCUAGCUGUGGCUGAUAGUUACGUCACAGAAAUAUUUGCGAGUACAAGUUAAACUUGCUUUCGA